AGGAACAGUUGUAGUAAUGGCACGAGAGCUUAAAAGUUGGUCGUUUUGGCGGGCGGUGCUGGCCGAGUUUGUUGGCAUGACCAUAUUUGUUUUCAUUGGCAUCGCCUCGGCUAUUGGAAAUAAGCAUAACAGAUAUCCCGAUCAAGAGGUGAAAGUGGCUUUAGCUUUCGGUCUGGCCAUUGCCACGUUGGCGCAGAGUUUGGGGCACAUAAGCGGAGCCCACCUGAAUCCGGCCAUCACUUUAGGACUUCUGGUUAGCUGUCAGAUCAGUUUCUUCAGGGCCUUCAUGUAUAUCAUUGCCCAGAUGUUGGGAGCUGUGCUGGCAAGCGGCAUUAUGUUCAAAGUUAGUCCCGACCCCGAUACAACACUCGGACUCAAUAUGCUGGGUAACGGUGUGAAAGCGGGUCAGGGAUUUGCCAUUGAGCUUUUUGCGACCUUUCAGCUGGUUCUCUGUGUUUUGGCCACGACGGAUAAAAACCGAACUGAUGUUUCCGGCUCCGCACCCCUCGCCAUCGGGCUCUCUGUUGGUUUGGGGCACCUGGUAGCAAUCAGUUACACUGGAUGUGGCAUCAACCCCGCUCGAUCUUUCGGACCAGCCGUCGUUCUUGAAUCUUUUAAAAACCACUGGAUAUACUGGAUUGCGCCUAUGUGUGGUGGAGUGGCUGCUGCGCUCAUAUACGACUUUUUGCUCUUCCCCAAAAGAGAAGCGCUUCGCAAGCGUAUGAAUGUCCUGAAAGGCACCGCUGACCCAGAGCCGUCUGCCACAGAAGCGCUAAUCGAACCUCGAACCGCCAGAUCCGGUUCUGGUCAGUGGCCCAGGCCCUGAAAUGCUUCUUGUAAAUGAUUUGCUGGAGCUGAGUAAACAUGGAUUACACCAGGAAAACACCACUUCGGCUUAUUCCCUGCUUUUAUCAGGGGUGCCAGAAAAACUCCAUUUUAUUUUUUGAAGGAAUAUAUUUUAAAACUUUUAAGUAAUG